AUGAACCAGAUGAACGUUGGUGGGAUGAACCCAGGGGUUGGAGGCCCUGUCGGCGGUGUCCCGAUGAUGAACAACGGCUCCACGGCCCCUCGAAAUGACGGCAAUGUGAACAUGAACACACCCGAGCUCAUGAUCACCAACCUCAACACUUAUAUCUAUGACUACUUUUUGAAACGUGGCUACCACGAAUGCGCUCGCGCCCUCGUCCAAGACGAAUCGAUCAAGAUCAACACCGACAACGGCCCCAAGACUAGCCCUGGCAGCGGAGUGAACGGCAUUGAUGCCGAUUCCAUGAUGACCGACGGCAAGGACGGCGAGAAGAUUAAGAUCCCUGAUGAUCUUCCCCGGCCUAACCUGCCCAACGAAAGCAACUCCUCCUUCCUUCUGGAUUGGUUCAGUCUCUUCUGGGAGUUCUUCUGGGCCCAACGCCGGAAGGGUUCGCAGAACGAUGUCAGACAAUACCUACAACACACCCAGAACAUGAUGCGCCUUCGGGAACAGCAGCACAAUCAGCUCAUGCGGCAGCAGCCAAUGAUGCCUGGCCAAGUCCCGCUGAACAUGCGACGCAACGGUGGCAUGGUCCCUCCUAACCUGCAGAAGACAGUGCUGCAGAAUAACACCGCCGGCCUCUCGCAACAGCAACUCCAACAACAAAUGCAAAAGACUCAGCAAAUGCAAAUGAUGCAGCAAAUGCAACGCGAGCAGUCCGAUAUGGAUAUGAACGGGAAUCGGCCGCAGUCACCUGCAUCCGCUGACAAUGCUCCUUCGCCAUCGAAACGCCCGCGCCUCGAGAACGGACAGCAAUUGGCACCCAACGGCCGCGGACAGGGACAAGGAAUGCCAGGACAGUCCACGCCGCAGGCCCUGAUGAUGCAGAACGGGAUGCAGAACGGAAUGCGGGGCAUGAACCCAGCGCAGUUCCAGCAGUUCCAGGGACAGGCUGCCCAACAGAAAUCCAUGCAGGUAUAUGCUCAAAACUUGGCCCUUCACCACUCGCGCUCAACUUCAAAUUCCCAGGGUAUUCCGAACGGUGGUAUGAUGAACCCCGGCAUGAUGCAGAACCAGGCGGAUCUAGUGCCGAUGCCGGAUGGCGGGGGAAUGUAUAUGAACCCCGAGUACUACAACUCCAACGGUCAAAUGGCUCAGGUCCGUCCUGGUGGUAUGCAGACACCUAGCGGUCAGCACGGCAACCACGCUCUCCAGGACUAUCAGAUGCAGCUCAUGCUGCUUGAACAGCAGAACAAGCGGCGUUUGAUGAUGGCUCGUCAGGAGCAGGACACCAUGGCCGGCCGUGACGGCCAGCCGAUGCCUGGACAGGGAGGCAUGCCGCCAGGUACUUCCCCGCAAGGUAGCAGGACCGGCGCAUCUCCCAACCCGAGCGAGCAAAUGAAGCGGGGCACGCCUAAGAUGCCCCAGAGCGGUCUUCCUGGAUCGCCUAGCGCCGGCGAUAUGCAGAACCGCGGCUCACCGGGUUCUAUGAACCUCAACGGUGGACAGAUGCCACCCGACAUGACUGCUAACUUCUUCCCCGGUGGACCAGGAAUGCGUCCUCCGAGCUCGAACCCGGCCUUCACCGGGCCCCAGAUGGGUCAGCCGAUUCCUGCCAAUGCCGCUAAUCGACAAUGGCAGGCCGGUCAGCCCAUGCCGCAGCAUUCGCCUGCGAUGCAGCCUCAGGCGGGUACGCCUCAGGAACGAGGCGCCAUGCCUCCGCCCCAAGCGCCACCCGGUGCGGGUCCCACGGGCCGCACCCAGCCGCCAUCUCCUCAGACUGCUGGCAAUGCACCCCCCACACCCCAGCAGGCCACUAAGGCAGCACCCAAGGGCAACAAGAAGAAGCCCAAGCAGCCAGCCAAGGGCAACAAGGGUGCCAAUGCAGGCAACGCAGCCGGUGCCACCCCGUCCAACGACUCGACCGAGCACGCGCAAACGCCGACUCCGUCUACUCCCGCCACGCCUCACCCUCCUCAAUCCUUUAACAAGGGCGGAGCCAACGCAAAUGCCAACGCGCCGCCUCAGCCGACCUCGGCACCUGCUCAGCAGCCAAUGGCCCAGCCGACCCCUGACCAGGGCCAGCAACCCUUCCAAGAUCUUAACAACAUUGAUACCAAUGCUUUCAGCCUUGACUUCAGUGCUCUGGACAACCCCGACAUUUUAGAGAGCUUCGACUUUGACACCUUCCUCAACACCGAUGCCGACGGGACUGGCUUCGGUUUCGACCCCAACCUGCCAUACUCCACGGACGGUGUUGAGACUGGGGCUGGCGACGGUCUUUGA